GGUAGAGAAGAGGUUUCACGAUGUCGAAGCGAGGACGGGGAGGUUCCGCCGGAAACAAGUUCCGGAUGUCGCUUGGUCUGCCGGUGGCGGCAACGGUGAACUGCGCCGACAACACCGGAGCGAAGAACUUGUAUAUCAUCUCAGUGAAGGGAAUCAAGGGUAGACUCAACAGGUUGCCCUCUGCUUGCGUGGGAGACAUGGUCAUGGCCACAGUGAAGAAGGGGAAACCUGAUCUGAGGAAGAAGGUCAUGCCUGCUGUCAUCGUUCGUCAGCGCAAACCCUUUCGCCGAAAGGACGGUGUAUUCAUGUACUUCGAAGAUAAUGCUGGAGUUAUUGUGAAUCCAAAAGGAGAAAUGAAAGGGAGUGCCAUUACAGGACCUAUUGGAAAGGAAUGUGCUGAUCUUUGGCCUAGAAUUGCCAGUGCUGCUAAUGCUAUUGUUUAGAGUAAUUGUUUUGAGCUUUUGUUGUGUUUAUUAAGAUAUAUUAAGAUUUCGAAUGUUGUGGCUUUGCUUUAGCAAUGUUCACUUUGCUAUGAUGUCCGAAUUUUUGCGAAACUUUUUAUUUGUGUUACAGUCUCCAACCUUUUUAUCAUGGUUUUUUAAUUUAUACGUCUGGUUUUCUCAAUCAACUGUCUUAUACGAGUUGGCUCUCUGCUAAUGGUGUGUAAACCACUAAUUUCUGCUGUGUUUGGUAUGUGCAAAAGGGAUAAUGAAAAUUUUAGUUGGUAAAUAUACAUUUAUUUCUAUUGCUAUUCGAUAGAUGGACAAUCUUAU